UAUGCGAACUGUCAAUACAGUUGUUGCCAAACAUCGAUACAAAUCCUACCAGAUCGAUUGGCUGUCUCAGUUCAGCGGUGUUCAAUUAAAGCAUAAUAUAGCAAUAAAAUGGCUGGCGAAGUUUUAGUAGAUGCUUUACCAUACAUCGAUCUUGGCUACGAUGAUCCGGGCGUGCGGGAAGCGGCAAUCGCUAUGGUAGAGGAAGAAUGUCGCCGAUAUCGACCAACAAAAAACUAUUUAGAACAUUUGCCCGCCCUGAAUACGACUGCGUUUGAGACUGAACUAAUGACUGCAGAGUUCGAACGCAUUCAAAACAGGCUCCCGAUGGAACCACUCAGCAUGAAGCGAUACGAACUUCCACCGCCACCGGCUGGCAAGAUGAACGAGGUAUCGGCAUGGGGCGAAAGUGUGGACAAUUCGAUGGCACAGCUCGAACACCAAGCCGUGCGCGCAAUGAAUCUCGAGCUUAUGGCUGACUAUGGAUGUGAAAUGUGGAAAUCUUACCUUGAAACGUUGGUGACGAUGCAAGCGAAAUGUCAGGCCCGGUUGGCGGAGGUAAAGAAAGAAAUUCAGGACGCAAAUUGGGCACGCAAGACGAAACAGACGCAAGGUGGCGAAAAAUUGCGCUCAUUGGAAGCACAGUGGGUAAUGUUGGUAUCGAAAAACUACGAAAUUGAACAGGCUUGCGCCAAACUAGAAGAACAAAUAUACCAUAAAAAGAUGGCGUGCAAUGCAUUUGAAACGCCGGACAAAGAGCAAUAGGUUAAUCGUAGCAUGAGUGUAAUCUGUGUGUGUAACAAACUUAAUUAUAUUUCAAAAUAAAACUCACAAACAUAUUCUACAAAUUAUUUUUUA